CACAGAGGAAUGCUUUCUAUUUCUCAAUCCUGCGUAUCGGAGGGCACUCUUUAUUACACUGGGACUGCAGGAUACUCGAAGUGGGAGACUCAUGGCAGAGGCCACUCUCGUGCUGGCGGUAAUGAAUCGUCUUUCUAAAGGACAUUUUCAACCUCUCGACUGGAAAAGCAGAGUCGGGCUCGCCUUCGCCACCUCCUAAAGAGGGAGAGAGGGGGGCGCUUGGAGAGGGAUAUACCACUGUGAUCCUGGUGCAGUCGCAACCGAGGAUUAUUGCGUCUCCAAGGCAUUUUCCCGAUUUUUAUGCAGACUGGAUAACUCCACGAAAAGGAUUUGUCACAAUGGCAACACAGUGGAUUUUCCUCUGGCUUAUAAGCUGCAUUGGCUGUCUUGCUGCAGAUGAAGUUAUUACUAUAAAAGAUGCAGAUAAGCUAUUGAAUGUGAUAAAUUUCACCACGAACAUCCCAAGUUCACAGAAACUUCCUCACUUUACUACAUGUCGGUCACCAGAACAAGAAACAUUUUCAUGUUGGUGGAGUGUGGGGGACUACACAAAUCUAACAGGGCCUGGAAUGCUGAGGGUCUUCUACAAAAGAAGUUUUAAAAAUACUGGAGGAGAAUGGAAUGAAUGUCCAGAUUACCGAGUUGGGACUGAAAAUGAGUGUUAUUUCAACACGACGUAUACAUCAAUCUGGGUCCCAUACAAUCUUGAGCUAAGGUCGGAAAACAAAGAUGUCCUUUAUGAUGAAAGGUCCUUUAAUGUGGAAGACAUAGUUAUCCCUGAUCCACCGGUCAACCUGAACUGGACAUUGCUGAACACUAGCCAAACCGGUCUACACUAUGAUAUUCUGCUGCGAUGGGAAGCUCCUCCUACAGCUGAUGUAGCAAAAGGUUGGAUAACCCUGAUUUAUGAGGUCCAGUACAGAGCAGUCAACGACACAGAAUGGAAAGUGAUGGAACAUGAAAAAGAAACUUACUUAUCAAUUUAUGGACUUAAGACCAACACUAUUUACGAGAUAAGAAUACGGUGCCUGCAGCUCAAUUUUGACAAGUUUAGUCGAUUCAGUGACAUCGUUUAUGUUUACAAUUUUGUGCCAGUAACCAAAGAAUCCACGUUUCCAGUUGCAUUUGUCCUUAUUUUCAUUGUGGUGGGAGUUGCAAUAGUGCUCAUGUUAAUAAUUUUCACACGCCAACACAGGUUAAUGAUGUUACUUCUUCCACCUGUCCCAAUUCCAAAAAUAAAGGGAAUCGAUCCAGAACUUUUAAAGAAAGGUAAACUAGAUGAACUGAACUCAAUACUGAGCAACCAGCAAACAUACAAAACUGAGUUUACUAAUGAUGACUUGUGGGUGGAGUUUAUUGAGCUGGACAUUGAUGACCCAGAUGAAAAGUUAGGACAUUCUGACACUCACAGGCUGCUGAGCUUAGAGCACCUAAAAUCUGGUAAAAGUCUGAGCAUGAAAGAUGACGACUCGGGACGUGCCAGCUGUUAUGAGCCAGAAAUACCUGAAAUGGAUAGUCUUGCUUUUAAUGUAAACCUUAUGGAAGGAAAUCCUGAAAAGGCAUGUGUUCUAAACUCAGAAGGCACUGUUCCUAAUCCAGAUCUUUCAUCACCCAAUGCAACUCAACCAAAGGCUGAGCCGGAGAAAGCUAAAAUUGAGUCCUCAGGAAGUGAAGAGAAUAUGCCAGUCAGACCUUACCCCUUAAUCCAAACUCAGAUGAGCAAUCAGAGUUGGGCAAACAUGGACUUCUAUGCGCAAGUGAGUGACAUCACUCCAGCUGGUGGGGUCCUACUCUCCCCUGGCCAGCAAUGCAAGUCAGAGAAGACACCUGAAAAGGAGAAACCCGAUGAAGCCAAAAAGUACCAGUUUGCCAUGACAUCUGACAGUGCCUACACCUCUGAGAUAGAUGCAAAAAAAUUAAGUGCCAUACCUACCACUAAUGAGAAUGAUCAGAACCCGGAGAAGGAUCUGAGCAGUGCAAACUGCAUUUCUACAGAAAACCAGUCUGAGGAGAGCCCUUACACAACAAAUGAAACGACAGUCAUCACCAUGCCUCCAGUCUCAGACUACACAUCUGUUCAUAUGGUCGACUCCCAGCACAGCUUGCUUUUAAAUCCUACUGCAGUGCAAACUAAGGACAUGUCUAUGCAAGUAGGUUACCUUACCCCAGACCAGAUGAGCAGCAUCAUGCCAUAAAUAUUUCACAGCUGAAUAUAUUUGAUCAGAUUAGCUAUUAUAACAUGCUGUAAACCAAAUACAAGAUGUUCCGACUGAAUGGUACUAGUUUCAGUCUUACUAAGACAGGGGAAACAGAUGCUAAUUUAGCUACUGCUGUUAAUCUUAUUUAAAAACUGAUAAGUGAAAAGUUCAAGUGACUGAAGUGAAUUGUCCAACAAAAUAUGACGUCAUGCUUCAGUUUUGUUUUCUUUUUGUUUUUUUGAACCUGCUAGAAGGGCUACAGAGGUAUUAUAUACAUUGCCCUAAAGAAAAUGACAAGAGGUGGCCUGAUGCACACAAGUGUUACUUAAAAACUGGAGUGGAUUCAUUUCAGUGACCUUCAUUAUUUUCAUUGAAAGACAGUUUAAGCUGCAGAAAGCGUUUUGAACUGUCCUAGGUGAACGCUCGUAAAAGUUAUCACGGCACUGCUUGUCUGUGGCUGUAAGUUGGUCUGCUGGUUUUACUCAGUUAAAUCUGUUUAAGAAAGAAUGACGUUUUGGCUUGGUUUGCUUUUGAAUGUUUUCAUUUUUUGUUAUGAGUACUUCAUACCCUACAUUAUGGGUUGAUGUAAACCCCAUAUAUUGGCUACCUUGCCUCCUUGUUAAUGGUGAUUUUUUUUUUUAACAAAAAAAGAAAAAGCUCUUAGAAAAUAAAUGGCUAAGAUUUAUUGAAAAUAAUAUCACAGCUGAACUUUAGAUUUGUGUUAUUAUAAUUAUGUAAUGUGUAUAAAAAUCCAUUAUUUUGAUAUUCAUAUUCUGUUUAACAAAUGUGAUAUUUCUUUACAGGUCUUUCUGAUAAGCUAAGUUAUCUCGAAAUCCUAAGAUUAUUAUUUUACGGUACGAGAAAUAAAUAUAUUUUCAUAGUAUUUGCAGCUAUUAGUUGCAACUCUAGUAAAACAACACUUUAGGUACACUGGUCAUUUUUAGUCAUUCAUACAUGGUUGCAUUUUUGGGAAUUAGUUCUACCUGUGAUGGUGGGUGUUUUUUUUUUUUUGAAGAUCUGAAAGCUCUUGAAGAGAUCUAAUAUGCUGGUACAUUAUUUGUUUUUUUGUAUAAAUACAUAAUGCUUCAAAACUGCGCUGUUCUGGUUACAACGUUUCACAUUCAAGCAGGUAUAAAAUAACACAUGGAAGUAGAGGAGCUGCCUGCUUGAUGGACCACAGAUAACGUGGAUGUUUCUGUCUAUCUCACCAUCUUUCAGACCGAGUAUGUUUUCACCACAGUACGUUUCUAAUGUAUUUUCUUGGAUAUUGCCUAUAAGCUACACUGUCUUUGGAACUACAUGAAUGAGUUUCGGUUAGAAUUGCUAUCUGCAGUUAAAUGGCUGUGAUUUUUUUUUGUUAUCAAAGAGCAUCAAGAAUGUCUAUAAAGUAAAUCGAGUUGUAGAUUUCUUUAUGUAUUAUGACAACCAGUCGGUUUAAGACCAGUGAGCCUCAUCCUAGAAGUUGAUAUUUGCCCAAGAAUCCCCAGUAAUAUUGCAGUCCUCAGUAAGAGAUGUACUUCUGCAUAUCAAAGCAAUGCUUGGAAAAAUGCAUUGUUGCAAGGAGGAUGAAACCCUUUGCCUACAAGAAUUUGCCAAAAUCUCUCUUCUCCAAAUGGGAGGCCUAUGCGAUGAUGUGUUAAAUGUUCCAAAAUGUCAGGCAAAACUGUUGGGGAAACAAGGAAGCUUUGCCUCUACUGUAAAUUAUGGCCUGUUUCUAGAAACUGUACCGUAUGUUACAGUGAAAAAUGGCUGUGCCAAAGCUUUUAGAACUGAAUCAGGUUGUUUGUGAAAAAAGUAUAUUUAAAAAUACAUAUUUUUCAAUACUUGACAGAUAUAUCAAAGCAGCUUUUAGCUUGUUGACAUAUAUAGACUCCACGGCAUAUCUGCCUGUCUCACCCCAGUAAAAAAAGUAUUUUUAGGUUAAUUUGGUAUCUUGUACCAAAAAAUUACAUAUUAAAGAUGAUUCUCUUUUGUUUGGUUACAAUAUAUAAAAAUAAGUUAUUUCUAGGUUCUUUGAGCACAUGUAACAUACUCCCAAAUGAUAAGAUGUGUAUUUAAUUAGCAUGAUUGUAAAUAAACCUUACAUAUUUACAGAAUCCAUCGAAACAUUGGCACUAAGCAAUUUUUCCCUCAGUUAUUGUUUUGUAUAUUACACUCAGGAGAAAUUUAAGAUUAGUAAAUAGCUUAUUGCAUCCCUUACCUAUCUUGCUGCUUGCGUAUUUUGCACUUGUUCCUACUACUUAUUUUCAUAAACAGCUUUAUUAGUGGUAGCCACAGUCUUACAAGUUCAAAUCAUUUAAUUUUUUGCAUUAAUUGAUCUGACAUUCAUCAUUUACCAAUUUUAAUAAAAUGGGUGACUUGCCAAUGUGUGCUUGGGGAAUUAAUGCAUUUUUAAUAAACAAAAGUGCUCUUCUUUCCAGGUAAGUAGUAUGCACAUCACAUUGAGCAACAGUCAAUGAGAAAGAAGCGAUCAUCAUUGUUUUAGAAAUCAUUUUACAUGUAGCUUUUAAACUUUCAGAUAUCCCAAAUAAAUAAACUGUCAUCCUCAUAAAGAUAGAAGCAGAAGUAGACCAUUAACCACUGAAUGUAUUACUUUGUAGCGUAUUUAUUUUUGGAGAGAUGCACUUAAAUAUUUGUUUGGAAUCAGGUCAUUGGAGAGAUUUUUGUAUAUGUCCCUGAUUACAUUGUGUAUCAUUUCCAAAAGAGGAAUUCCCGCACAGGAAGCUCCAACCCAUAUGUAUUAUAUAUAUCAAAGUUUUGAGUGCGGGAUUUAUAUAUUUAGUUAGAAGAUACCAAGUUGCAUAUAGACUACUUUAUAAAUGCAGAGCUUAUCGUUCAAUCAUCGAAUUCUGGUAGAUAGGCGUAUAAAGCACAGCUCAUGUUCAAUAAGUGUCAUUUUUUACACAUUUCCACAAUUGUCGAACAUGUUUUCACAAAUAAAAGCACUUGGGGUCAGCUCCAUGGACUUCAGUAAAUGUUUUUAAGCUGUUUCACUAUUAUUGUAUUCGUUCAAUAUUUAAGAAAUGAUAUAUCUGAACACUUAACCAACAGUGCAUUAAGGAUGGGGCCUUUAGUAAUCGAAGCCUGUUUUGUAAAAUGUGGAGGUGUAUGUGAUUAAGAACAUACCUUCCUUUCUUUGUACUACAGUAGAAUCUAAUAAAGCUUUUAAUAUGAGUGCCAUAAUUUGAAUGCUGAUUGUAAAUUAGAGCUAUUUGUAAUAAGACAUGAUGAUGUAUUUGUUAAUUGAUAUUUACCUCUAUAUUUUAAAUAUGCUGUUUUCAGUUGUAAAAGAUUGUAUUAAUCAGCCUUAGGAUUGUUUCUCAUUAUGUGAACUGUGGAGCUUAGAAAGAUGUGAUAGAAAAAAUGUUAGGUGAAAUGUUGCUGUUUCAUUUCUAGAAUCUGUCUGAAAUAACAGAUAACAUAAAGUGAUAGUAAGCUAACAGAGAUGGAGAUGAGGAGGAUUCGUCAAAGGCCACCGUUGUUUAGGACAAAGUUAUCACAAUUGGCAUUUCUUGCUUGGUGACUUGUUGCAUCAGUAGCACCAACUAUGCUUUUUAGAGAAGAAGAAACAACAAAUAUUUAGAAGAGACUUUUAACUGCUAUGUUUGUCGUGUUGCCAGUUGUCACCAUGACAGUAUUUUUUCAAUGAAACUGGCUGUUAAAACAUAUGUGAAAAUUAGUAGUAACGUGAUUUCAGAUUAGGUUGACUUGUUUGUGUUUGCAUAGGCUAUUACAAUGUAAGAUCAAAUCACUUACACCUUCUUAUGAGUCUGAACAAGUCUACUGGCAUGUUAUUCUGUGUAAUCAUUACAUGGGCUGCCAUAGCAUGAGACACUAUUUUUAUUAGAAGACAUGCUUUAGGUGUCAACUACAGCAUGCUUAAAAAUCUUUAGAAAAAUCAGUAUUCAAAACCAACAGACAGGCAGUGUUCAUUUGAAUUGGCCAAAGUAAUGCAAGCUUUGUUUAUGUUUGUCUUAUGAGAAAACAAUUAGAUGUAGCCUUUAAUUAGGAAUGCUGAGUCUGGCUCAGAUUGUACAGGUAGGGAAAAACAGAUGUAGAUGUCCGACACUGCUGAGAUGUGUUUGUUUUUUUGUGAAGUCAUUAUAAGUAUUUUAUGUAUAGCUACAGUAUAUACAAUACUAUUCUUGCUAUAGCUAUUAUUGUUUAAACUCCUGUUAAUCCUGUUUAUUUCUAGCCCUAAUGCCAAUGAUAAAGGCAAAAGUCUAGGCCAUCAAUUUGUGAUAUUAUUCCAAAAUAUAGCUACAGUGACAUUCACCAGCAUAAAAUCUGACUGUAAAAUAUGUGUAUAUAAUAUAAUAUUUUUGACUCUUUCUGAUGCCCAGAUUUUGGUCUUUAUCUACAAGAGGGCAGAGGUAAUGCUUAACCUUUGGUUUGAGUAUUAUGUACAGUAAAUAAACUAUUUCACAUUGCCAAGAAGCAAAUAGGCUAGUAUGCCUGGAUGCAUUUAGAAUUAAGACAAAAUAUGUCUGCCUUAUUAAGGACCUAUCUCUUAAAAUGCUGCUGUGUCUGAAAUAUUUUAAAUAUGCACGUUUAAAAAUGUCUUAAUUUGAAAAUGUUGAGAUGCAAUACAACUGUUAUUUGGCUAUGUGCUAUAUUAAAUUUGAUGUGCUUGCCUAUCAAGUGUUGCAGAAUUCUGGCUUUGGAGAAUUUUGGUCAUAUGAAUUUCCUCAAAAGUGAUGGUAAUCGCAUUAACUGAAAUGGGCUUCUGUGACUCAGUAGCCCCCUGUUCAAAUAGCAUACAGUACAUCUCUGAGAUUCUGAGGACAGAAAUCUGCAAUUGUAAUAGAUACAGCUUCUUAUGAUGACUUGCUACAGUAUAGUAAAAGGCUUUAUCAGUUUAUAAAUGCAAAUCUAUGUUAAAAAUGGGAAUAUCUACCUACUUAGUGAAGAUAGUGUAACACUUCAAGCAUGCACUUGGCAGUUCUUUCUCCUCAUAUAUUUGGCAAAGACUUGCACGGGUGGUAAUUCUAAGUCCCAGCUGCUUAUAUAGCCUUGUGUCCUUUCUCGUGGAUUUACAAUGGGAGCCUUGUGCAGUUAGCAAGAGUGUUGCUAAAUGAGGCCCCUUCUUGGAAGCAACCUUGCAAAGGAAAGAGCUGAAAAGUAUGCAUUCGAGGAGGUUGUAUUUAAAGACUGUCUUUGCAUAUUAAAAUGGAAAAGGGUCUGUGCAGAAGUGUAUUUUCCUACUGAACAUUUUUUUAAUAAAAGACCAACCUUUACAGAUGUAAAUGGUGAAUAGUUCUUUAAGAGCCUUACUGCAAUUAUACGCAAUACAUAACUACAAUAUACUUUAAUAGUUUGAGCUGUAAUACUUCACUCAUUUUCAAACUUUUGGAAGAUUUCAGAUGACCUUUUCUGUUGUGUUAUGUUCAGUAUGUGCUAUUUCUCUUUUUGCUGCUGCAUCUUCUUAGAAAAUUACCACUGCUCAAUUUAAAUACAAAUGAUUAGUGUUUUAUUAAGUCAGUUUGUAUGUGCUUUGAUUCUGUGAUUGCUUCUGGUCAUCUAUUGUAAUAUUUGAAUACCUCAGAGUAAUUAACUGCAAAUGGUAUUUCAGCAGCCUAAACCGUGUUUUUGUGCUAAGACAGUUCUCAUUUCUUCAGUGUUCUACAUGUUUAGUUGAUUCUGUAUUUUCCCAGAGUUCUAUAAUAAAUUUAUUUUCCUGGCAUUUCA